UUUCUGGUUCUAGGCAGUGCCGUCGCCCGUCGGUCGGAUCUGAAUUCUGAUGCAAGUACCAAGGCUAGAAUAGAAUACAGCAAUUAAUUGUUGUAUCGAAAGCCAAUUUACAUUAAUGGACAAACAAAAAAGGGGGAAUAUCUUUCUCCCUCAUUUUCAUUCCUAGGUCAGAACAGAAAAGCAGGAAGAGUACGCAUGUAAAGAAAGAUCAUCAAUGGCGUGGACUUUCUCCGCCGUGAAUGUGAACUAAAAAUCAAAGCUUUGUUGCUUAUUAUUAGAUUUCUAAUAGAAGAAAGGGUUUUGGGAUAUUUUUAAACAAAAAGAUAGCAGAAGAGAGACAGUUGAAGAACAUGAAUGAGACGUGUGAUUAUGACACCAAAUAUGAGCUGAUGAACUGAGGACUGGAAUUAGGGCAACAAACUGAAGUUGAUUUGCUUGUUAAUUGGACAAAGAGUUACCGUAACUAGAGGACAAAAAUUUACCUCAGCCGAGCAAGCCCUCCACGUCAAAAAUGGCAUCUUGGAAUUCGGUCCCACUUCAUGUGUCAUACGAAGUUUUGGGUUGGUUGACUUUUGUUUGCUGGUCUAUCAGUUUCUACCCUCAAGUUUACUUGAAUUAUCGUAGGAAAAGUGUUGUGGGAUUGAACUUCGAUUUUGUGCUGUUGAAUCUCACGAAGCACUCAUCCUAUAUGUUAUACAAUACAUCUCUAUACUUCAGCCCUACUGUUCAAAAGCAAUACAAAGAUAAGUACGGUCAAAAUGAGAUGAUACCUGUAGCAGCAAAUGAUGUUGCUUUCUCAUCUCAUGCUGUUCUACUCACUGCAAUUACCUUGUUCCAGAUUGCAAUCUAUGAACGUGGAAAUCAGAAGUUGUCCAAAAUAGCUUGUGGAAUUGUGUUCAUAACUUGGUUAGUUGUCACAAUCUGCUUCUUCAUAGCUUUGCCUGAACACCAUUGGCUGUGGCUUCUCUCAAUAUUGAAUGUGAUUCAAGUUUGUAUGACGACAAUAAAAUAUAUACCUCAGGCUGUCAUGAACUUCCUGAGAAAAAGUACAGAAGGCUGGAGCAUUGGGAACAUUCUGCUUGAUUUUUCUGGAAGCGUUGGAAACUAUGCUCAAAUGCUCAUGCAGUCAAUAGAUCAAGGUUCUUGGAUGAACUUCUAUGGAAAUAUAGGAAAAGUAAUGCUAUCUUUGAUUUCUGUAUUCUUUGACAUUCUGUUCAUGUUCCAACAUUAUGUGCUAUAUUGGCACAACAAAGGCCCAGAGGCAAAGAUUGCUCCUGAAGUUGACAUCACCAAGUCUAUUGAUAGACCAAUGGAACUACUAUUGGAGGAAGUGGAGAUGGAAGAAAUUGAGAAGUGGCCUCUAGUGUCAUAGCACUGGCAUUGCGAUGCCGCAGCUCAAUACCAACUGGACAAUGAUCGUGCUCUCUGGUGCGGCAGCACUGAACUCGUGGUGUUGUAGUACCAUCACGGACCAAAAAUGCACUUGAGUAACCACUUGAAUACAAUAAUCACCACUAACAUUGACCAUACUUUAGGGUUGUUUCCCUGUCGCAGCUAAAUUAAUUUCCACUUGAACUUUGUUCCUCGUUUGUCUUCCUCAAAUUAAGCAAAUGUGUUAAGUUAGUGCUCAAUUGGGUUGUUGACUUACUCUUGAUGGGAAUGACACUCUACCUGUCACUUUAUUAUUUGAUAUAGCCUGUGUACUUGCAGAAAUUAGGUUUAACACAUUUUUUGCUGAUCAUAUGUUUUCAAGGUGGAAGACAGAUAUGCCUUUUCCUUGUUC